UAUUGGCUUUAUAAGUUUCAAAGACGUUAUUAUCAAUAAUGCAUUUUGUUCUGAGAUGAUUGUUUUUCAAAAUCCGAAACAGAUCUUGUACAGUUGUAUCGUCUGCUAAAUUUAUCAGUGUCACUAGAUUCAAAAUAAUAACAAUUGGAUCGUUAGUUAUUUUUAACCGAACACAGUCACCCUGUUCACUAUUUUAGUGUGAAUUUAGAAAUGAAUUGGGAGAUUUUUAACACACAAUAUGUUUUAUGAAAGGAAGUGACAUUUUCCAGUCUAAAGUUAUUUUUCUAAGAAUAAUAGAUCAAUGAGAAGAGAGAGAUGGCCUCGCCUAGAGAUUCUCCUGCUUCAGAAGUGCCUUCAGAAAAUGUGCUAGGAACAUUAUCCAUUAGAGACAAAUCUCUUUUAAAAAGAAACAUUAACAGACAUCAUAAUAACAACCUGAGUGCUGGAUACGUGCCUGUCCACGAGGAAGAUCUUCACAAGACUGGCCUGAGGGGACGAAAGACAUACUUGUUUUGGACUGUUGUAGCUGUAAUAUGUGUUCUAGCAUUAGCCAAUUUAAUUUUAUUACUGAUCAUGUUAAGUGUGCUGAGAAUUGGGCUGGGAAUGGAAAGUUUAGAAAUAAUACCUGACCAAUCCCUAGUAAAAUUGUACGGGGAAAAAACCGAUUUGGGGCAGAUAUACAAACGAGACGGCCUGAUCGAGGGAUACAGAGACAAACCAUUGGUAAUAACCGCAGAUAAAAGUCAAUUACUAUUAGAUAUUGUUUCUGUAGAACGAGAAUCUCGUAAAAGAGUCAUGACUCUAGAAGAGGACCAAGUGCUCUUUGAUAGAGUUCAGUCAUUCCAAGUCAAAGACCCGAAGAGUGGUAAGGAAAUAUUCUCGACGAAAAAUCCUAAUUUUGGGCUUCCGAACGGUGUGCGACACCUGCACGUGGAUUACGCUACCACUCCCAGAGUGACCAGUGCUGUCGAUGAAAAUUUGGUGCUGAGAUCCGACUCAUACAUUCGGUUCAAAGGAAAUGAAGGAACGAGGAUGGAGGGGAAGAACAUUCUGUGGUCGGCGGACCAGUUUUUGUUUCUAAAAAGUGUUAACGGAAGUAUAAUUUUAAAUGGUACCAAAGGAGUGUCCAUCGAUAUGAGUCAAAUGCCACAAGCUCCCAGUGGAACCUCGGGUUCUCCGUUUAUCAGUCAGUUCAAGGUGUGUGUCUGCAUGCCCUCAGGGAAAUUGUUCAGGGUGGCAGUGCACGCUGGUCAAAGCUCACACACUGCCUGUAUGAGGACCAACAUGGCCCAACACAUCGACCCAUGCAAACUAUCCUAAUAAAUAUCUUUUAAAAUAAGUCAUUGAAAAGUUCAUAUCAAAAUAUUAAUGUUAAUGUGGAAGAGUUAAAGGUAUCUGCGAAUUAAUAUUCCUAGUAGUAGUCUAUUACGCUUGUUCACAGUUUUUUUUUUUUAUUCCAAUUACUAAUUUUAUACCGUCUCUUGAGUAUUAAUAACAUAUGUUGAAUAUCAAAGUCUGACUUCCAGGCACAAAAGACAUGUUAUAGUGGAAAAUCCUAUUAAAAAUUGGCUCUUUUAUAAGCUGAUAUUGACCAUAAAUCCGCUUUCUGUAAAAACCCUUAAGUUGUUGACACAUUUUGUUUCCUCAGGUCCCACUUAAGGCCAAACUGGUGGGUGCAUUACUAUGUUGUUGUUUUACGUACUGUGUUAAGUAAUACAUAAGGAGACAUAUCAGUAAUAAGCUACGUAAUUAAGAGGGCAUACAGGGUAGCUGUCUGCUGUAUACCUGAGGCUUAAAUCUGUGUUAUAAGUCCAAAAAUAUUUCACUUUAAAAACUUAGUUUUUAAUCUUUGAAUUCUAAUAAACAGUUUAACAUAGGAAGAUCGGUAUUAAAUAUAAAUUAUAAGCCAUUAAUAUCAACAGAUAUUCAAUUAUUUAUUUAACAAUUCAUUAGACACUGAAAUUGAACUUUCUGAAGUGCAAUAUUUUUUGACUUAGACAGAUUUUUAUUUAUAACCUGUUAUAACCGUGUUCAUAUGCACAGCCAGCAGCUAAACUCGUAUCCUCUUAGUAUUUAGAUAAACUGGUUUAUUUUCAGUUUUUUGUACAUUAAUGUAUUAUUAGCUUAACCCUCUCCCAGUUGAUUUACUGCAAAGCGCUUUUGGUCCAAGCGUGGUUAAACCAAUUCAUUCGUUGGAUAUAUAUUCGCGUUUUGUAGGUUUACCCAGUCCAUUGGAACAAAACUUGUACGUAAUUGUGAAUGUUAUUUACAGCACUGUUAAAGUACAACAAGAAACACGGUUUUUAGUGCUAUGUACCCUGUCAAAAACUUAGAGUACAAAUACACAGACAGCGAAAUUAUCAGUUCCUAUGGGAUAAAAUACACAGAUCACGUCAUGUAGCAUUGUAAUCUGUGUAUUUUGUUUCACAGUUACGCGUUAUUUCACUGUCUGUGUGUUUUUACCCCUCACUGGGAGAAGGUUAAUAAAAAAAUAUAUUUAUUUGUCUUGAUAAAAUCUAGUCACUGUCACAAAGUAUUUUUAAAGUAUUGAAAUAAACUAAUGUACUGUUUUCUUUUUCACUAAACCCUUUUCUUUGUUUUUAGUGAUUGUUUUGUAUCAAUGAAAAACGGCAAAUGUCUGAAAAAAUCCUGUUUCCUUCUAAACCCUUUUCUUUGAAUCAAUUCAACCAGUUUGCCAAUGAAUUUGCCAACAUCCUGGAGAUAAUAAUUUACAAUUUGCUCUUCUGUUUCAGUGAAAAUAAAUUGAGUUACCUCGUAAGGGAAUUGAUUGGUGUUGCUAAGUAUACAACUAAUUGGUGUUGUUUUGCUCAAAUUUAGAAUAUAAUUAGUGAGUAGGCUUGUCAAGUUCUAGUCAAUCAGCAAAUUGUAGAGUAGGUUUGUGUGUGUGUGACGGAUUACUGCCCCACUUCUGUUGAUAUUAAUUAAGUCAAUGAUGUUAUAUAUACAUACUGUAGUACUUGUAAAUAAUUAAUAGGUAUAGGCCAAAUGGUUGUUCUGUAUUAGGUUAGAAUAGUAAUUCUAAAUUAGGCCUACAGUAUGGUUUAUGAAAAUAUAUUGAUUUUAUAUGA